AAGAUGAGGUAUACAUAUUUCAUUUCACGUUACUUGUGGACUAGGACUAUUAUAGGCUAAGACUCUUACAGGAAACGUAUCUCCCUAAUUUGGUAUCACGUAAUUGACCUACGCUGAAAAUGAACAUAAUUUUUAAGCUGGCUGUAAUCAUAACAGCUUUAAUGCCUGACAAGACUACCCAGAUAGUUGCAGGAAAUGAUGCAUGUAUUGAGGAUUUUCCCUUUAUCGCAGAAAUCCAACGUCGAGAAAAGCGUCGUGAUCCCUGGGAACAUUGGUGUGGAGCGGUUAUUCUCUCUGAAACGUGGCUUCUAACCUCAGCAGCCUGUUUUGAAGGACGAAUAAAAAACAUGCGUGUUCGGUGUGGCUUUGAUGAUCUAUCAGAUCCAAAAAAACAAAUAAGAACUAUUAAACGCUUCACAAUACAUCCACGUUAUAAUAUGAACGAGAACUUUCAAUUUGACAAUAACAUAGCUGUUAUUAAACUUCGUACUCCUCUGAAAUUUGGACCUAGAUGUCGAAAUAUCUCUUAUACAACAAUCAAAGGUAGUGAUGGUCUUAAAAACUGUCAAGUAUCAGGCUGGGGAUUCGUUGAUGCUAAAAGAACAGAGGCAGACACUCUCCAGUUUGCAGAUAUAUCAGUUUUAUCCAAUACCAAAUGUAAUGAUCUAGCAUCCCCUACAGUACCAAAGAAUCAAAUAUGUGCUUAUGACUGCAAGAAUAUACAACAAGCUUGCAAUGGUGACGGUGGCGGACCUUUGACAUGUGAAAGAAAAGGAAGUCGUGUUCUCGUCGGAGUAUUUGCAUGGCAGUAUAAUGUUUGUAAUGCUGAAAAACCGUUUGUAUAUUCAGCUGUUGCUUAUUAUACUUCCUUGAUUGAAAAAUGGACUGGCAUUAAAGGAAUUCCUUAAAUUGUAGCUAAACAAACGA